UCUUGCGCCGAGAUGCGGGAAUAUAUUCAGCCUCAGUGGGUGUUUCCAAGCGGUCAUCUAGUUCUGGCGAGAGGGUAUACAACAACUACGGCCAAAUCUCGCGAGAGGUUUGGUUUAGGGCAAGGUUUGGGGUAGGAUCAGAAUAAAAAGAAAAGUUCUGGCUAGAUAGAAUAUUGCUACGGCAUAAAUUCCGGGUAAUGUUGGGUUUCGGGUAAAGUUAAUUUAGGGGGUAGGAUUAGGAUGAAAACAGCGCACAUCCGGCGGGAUUCCACGAGAUGUUGGACGUAGCUGUAUUGCUUCUAGCCACAGCCCGGCUAUCUGUGUGCGUACAUCGAUUGUAAACUCGUUAUUGCGGUGCAUCGUGUAAUUAAAUUAGUAAACUGUGACUGUUCCCUCAAACACAUUACAUAAUGGAACUUUUAAAGCUUUCGUAUUCGUAGUUUUUCUCUUGUUUGGAGGGAGAUCUCAUCUGACAAUGAGCACUGUCCUGGAUGAUCCGACCCUUGAGAGACAUUUUAAGGGUCACAGAGAUGUCAUCACAAGUGUGGAUUUCAAUUCUAAUAUGAAACAAAUAGCCACUGGCUCCAUGGACUCGUGUAUUAUGAUCUGGAAUAUGAAGCCUCAAAUGAGGGGUUACAGGUUCAUGGGACAUAAAGAUGCUGUGAUGUCCGUUCAGUUCUCACCUUCUGGUCAUCUUGUUGUUUCUGCAUCCAGAGACAAGACGGUCCGGCUCUGGGUUCCCAGUGUGAAAGGGGAGUCAACAGUUUUCCGAGCCCAUACUGGAACAGUACGAAGUGUGAGCUUUUCAAGUGAUGGCCAGACCCUAGUCACCUCAUCUGAUGACAAAACUAUCAAAGUCUGGACUGUUCAUCGCCAGAAGUUUCUCUUCUCUCUCAAUCAACACAUUAACUGGGUCCGCUGUGCUAAAUUCUCACCUGAUGGGCGACUGAUAGUUUCUGCCAGUGACGAUAAAACAGUGAAGCUGUGGGAUAAGAACAGCAGAGAGUGCAUCCAUUCAUUCUGUGAGCACAGCGGAUAUGUGAAUCACGUUGACUUUCACCCAAGUGGCACCUGCAUCGCAACAGCUGGCACAGACAACACAGUAAAGGUCUGGGAUAUUCGCACCCACAAACUCCUGCAGCACUAUCAAGUUCACAGUGGUGUGGUGAAUGGACUGUCCUUCCACCCGUCUGGAAAUUACCUCAUAACAGCCUCCAACGACUCCACCCUCAAGAUACUGGACCUGCUGGAGGGCAGACUGCUCUUCACGUUACACGGUCAUCAGGGCCCUGCCACCUGUGUAGCUUUUUCAAGGACUGGAGACUACUUUGCUUCUGGUGGCUCAGAUGAGCAGGUGAUGGUAUGGAGGACUAACUUUGACAGUGUGGAUUACAGUGAAGUCCUGGAGCAGAAAUGCACUCGUUCAGAGUUUGAGCCUUUCAGUCAUGAUCACAAAACGUCCAACCACGUACCAACAAAGGUGUCAGAUGCUACUGAAAAGUCUCAUGACUUUGACUCGCACAAAAGUAGCAGCAGAAGCCUCGAUCAGCCCAUUCCGAUCUUCUCUGAACCCCAUACGGAGUCUUCAUCUCCAUCAUACUCCCAACAGCAGCAGCUGAAGCCGACUGAAACAGACAGCAUCCCUGCUACGUUGGCGAGCACCCUCGAGCACAUUGUAGGGCAACUGGAUGUGCUCACCCAGACGGUGGCCAUUUUGGAGCAGCGCCUGACACUCACGGAAGACAAACUAAAAGAGUGCAUGGAGAAUCAACACAAGAUCAGCUCUCAACACCGAUCUGACACAUGAUCCAGCCAUCUACCUCUCAAACACGUUUACUUUUUAACAAUUAAACAUUUGUUCUAGCCCCAAAACAUUUUCAUUUACAGAUUUGCUAUUGAUUUGUUGUCACACGUAAAUAAAACAAGAAAUCAUAGUUUAUUAUGUAGUAAGAGAUGUGCCUUGAGAGGCAGAUUUUUGUAUUGUAUACAAAAUACGAUGGAGAAUUGUGCUGAGGAUUGUAUUGGUUUCUGCUGAGUAUGGUCUUACCACUCGUGUCCCUUGCGGCCGGCAGGACUAGAGGAAGACCGUAAUGUAAUCCAUCUUUAAAACCACACGAUGAAACUUAACCUUUUAUUCUGAUAAGACAAAAAUCUAAAUGCCAACCUUUCUUUUUUCAAACUUGUUAAGCAGUAUGAAUGUUUUGAACUAAAUUAACUGGGGUUGUAGUUAUCCUUUUUACUAUUGAUGCUGUGUGUUGAUGUGCUGUGAGUUGAUGCUCUUUUUGAAACAUUGCUAUUAUGAGACGUGAAGUAUUGCACUGCAUAGUUUUGGCAACAUAUUUGUAUACAUUUUUAUUCAAUGAAAACAUUAAUAAAAUGUGUUUAUUUAACAUGAAUAGUGGGCUCUGUGUAUGCUGUUAUGUGUCGUUGAUGUAUAUUACUGUACAUUAGUGAGCUUAAAUGCAGUAUUAGUGUAAAGAUAUGUGACCCGGGACCACAAAACCAUUCAUAAGGGUCAAUUAUAUUUCAUUGUAAUGUAAACAAGCUUUCCAUUGAUGUGUUGUUUGUUCAAAUAGGCUGAGAUAUGACUAUUUGAAAAUCUUUAAUCUGUGCGUGCAAAAAAAUCUAAAUAUUGAAAAAGAUUCCAGAUUAAUUUACACAUAUUACUAAUCAUAAAUACAUGUUUUUAAUAUUUACG